AACUGUAGUUGCCAACGCGAUGGCAGCCUUUGCCAUGGAACCCCAGGUGCCGGCGCUAGGAUCUGAACCAAUGAUGCUGGGUUCACCCACAUCUCCAAAGCCAGGAGUUAAUGCCCAGUUCUUACCUGGAUUUUUAAUGGGGGAUUUGCCAGCUCCGGUGACUCCACAACCUCGAUCAAUUAGUGGCCCUUCAGCAGGAGUAAUGGAAAUGAGAUCACCUUUACUUUCGGGUGGGUCACCACCACAACCAGUUGUACCAGCUCCUAAAGAUCAAAGUGACGCUCCACCACUUAGAAGUAUAUAUGAUGACAUUUCUAGCCCAGGACUUGGAUCAACACCUUUAACUUCAAGAAGACAGCCAAACAUUUCAGUAAUGCAGAGUCCUCUGGUUGGAGUUACAUCUACUCCUGGAACAGGGCAAAGUAUGUUUAGUCCAGCAAGUAUUGGUCAGCCACGAAAGAUGACAUUAUCUCCUGCCCAAUUGGAUCCUUUUUAUACUCAAGGAGAUUCUUUGACUUCAGAAGAUCACCUUGAUGACUCUUGGGUGACUGUGUUUGGGUCUCCUCAAGCAUCUGCUUCCUACAUAUUGUUACAGUUUGCACAGUUUGGGAAUAUCUUAAAACAUGUGAUGUCUAACACAGGAAAUUGGAUGCAUAUUCAUUAUCAGUCUAAACUGCAGGCUCGGAAAGCCUUAAGCAAAAAUGGGAGGAUUUUUGAAGAAUCCAUCAUGAUUGGUGUGAAACCAUGUAUUGACAAAAGUGUUAUGGAAAGCAAUGACAGAUGUGCUUUAUCAUCUCCAUCUUUAACCUUUACACCACCAAUCAAAACUCUAGGUACACCAACACAGCCUGGAAGUAUUCCUAGGAUUUCUACCAUGAGACCUCUUGCUACAGCAUACAAAGCUUCUACUAGUGAAUGUCAGGUUAUUUCUAACAGACAAACACCAAAAAAAGAUGAAAGUCUUGUAUCCAAAGCAAUGGAGUACAUGUUUGGCUGGUAGUAGAAGACCAAGGAGGAGGUUGCUACACUAAAACAGAGUUAGCCGAGUGCUGCUGGUUUCUUCAGUUCGUUAUAUAACCAUUCCUGCAGUAUUGGAUGGCUAUCUCAUGCUGCUUUUAGAAAGAAGCCUUUUUCAUUAAGGAUACAGCCUAUUUGUAGCUUGCACUUUAAAAGAUGCUUGAGAUACGUUUUAAAGAAAACUCAAAAUCCCCGUAA